UUUGUCUUUUGUUGUUUCUCAUUUUCUUUUCACUCAGAUAAGCAAAAGUUUCUUGAAAGAUGUUGUGGGUUGAUAAAUACCGACCCAAAACCCUAGACCAAGCUAUGGUUCAUCAAGACAUUGCCCUAAAUCUAAAAAAACUGGUUGCAGAGCAAGAUUGCCCACAUUUACUUUUCUAUGGGCCAUCUGGGUCUGGCAAGAAAACCCUAAUCAUGGCUCUUCUUAGACAGAUCUUUGGUCCCAGUGCUGAAAAGGUGAAAGUGGAGAAUAGGAAUUGGAAAAUUGAUGCUGGAAAUAGAACCAUUGAUCUGGAGUUGACCACAUUAUCAAGCACCAACCAUGUGGAGUUGAGUCCAAGCGAUGUAGGCUUUCAGGACAGAUAUAUAGUUCAAGAGAUAAUUAAAGAAAUGGCUAAAAAUAGGCCAAUUGACACCAAAGGGAAAAAAGGAUAUAAAGUGCUAGUACUCAAUGAAGUUGACAAGCUUUCGAGAGAAGCCCAGCAUUCUCUCCGUAGAACAAUGGAGAAGUAUAGUGCUUCUUGCCGGCUAAUUUUGUGCUGUAAUAGUUCUUCAAAAGUCACUGAGGCAAUUCGGUCUCGUUGUCUGAAUAUCCGAAUAAAUGCACCUUCAGAAGAACAGAUCAUUAAGGUGUUGGAGUUCAUUGGAAAGAAAGAAGGGCUGCAACUUCCAUCUGGUUUUGCAGCCCGCAUUGCAGAAAAGUCAAACCGGAGUUUAAGGAGAGCUAUUUUGUCAUUUGAGACUUGCCGUGUUCAACAGUACCCUUUUACAAGCAAACAAGCAAUUCCGCCAAUGGAUUGGGAGGAAUAUAUAUCUGAAAUAGCAACUGACAUAAUGAAAGAGCAGAGCCCUAAAAGGCUGUUUCAGGUUAGAGGGAAGGUGUAUGAAUUGCUUGUUAAUUGUAUCCCUCCCGAGAUUGUCUUGAAGAGGCUCCUUCAUGAAUUAUUAAAGAAAUUGGAUGCAGAGCUAAAGCAUGAGGUGUGCCAUUGGGCUGCAUAUUAUGAGCAUAGGAUGCGUCUUGGACAGAAAGCCAUCUUUCAUAUUGAAGCUUUUGUUGCCAAGUUCAUGAGCAUUUACAAAGCUUUCCUGAUUGCCACAUUUGGCUGAAGAAUAAAACCAGCAUCGUCGCCUUUUACUCGUUUAGCGAUGCAAGAAGGCGCCAUUUCCCAGAAUCCGAUUAUAAGUUUCCGGCUCCUCUGUUAGUCGGCUUGUUAUUUGUUCAUAAAAUAUGUAUGGCCUGUUAGCUUCUUGUAAUGACUAAUGAGCAGGAUUUUAAGUUGUACUUUUAGUUGUCUUCUCUACUAGCAAUUGCAUAUGGCCUUCACUCUUUAGUGACCUUUUUUCAGUUAUAUUUUUUCUUCUCCAUGGACGUAAUUUACAGCAAAUGAAACUGAUCACUGCUGACUAUAAUAAUUUAGAGGAGCAAGG